AUGUCGCAAGCUAUUUCCCCCCGGACGGGGCCUCCCGAGUCCAUACUGUCUUACCCGACUCUCUUCCAGCCCAGCGCGGAAUUCCCCCGUUUUGCGGUUCCGUAUCGAUGGUGGGAAGACGAGGCGACGACCGUUCUGUGGGCUUUCAACAUACCGGAGAUCAGCCAAGUGAUCCGCUAUGGACUCUUUCGUGACGAGAACUUCCCACGCAGCUCUCUUUUGAGUCGCAACGCGGAUACGAUCGACGCGUUUCUCGUGGCGAUGGCAGAGCCUCGCGAGCACCAGCGUCUGGGGAACCUCUCCCAUGUUCAAAGAGUCGAAGAGAUUCUGCGGCGUUCGAGUAACUCGCCGUUUCAACCAGUGCCGUGGACCUGGUUUCCUCCUCAGCCAGGCCAUUCGCUAGACGCCCGAGCCAUUGCCGGCGCAAUUGAGGCGGAAAGUCAUCUUCACUUCCGCAGACUCCCAUUCGAAGAAAUCGUGCGAGCCUCUCUUGGCUAUCCUGCGAUCUCGGUCGAAUGGUUUCUGCUUCAACACACCGUGUUCUUCAUCUACCUGUCCAAUCACCUUCAAAUCUACCCAGAAGAAAUCCCCCUCUAUAUAGAAGCGGAGAAGAGUCCCUUCGCCCAUCGAGCGUUGAUGCAGUGUAUCCGCACUCUACGACCAGACGCAACCCGCGAUAUGCCCCAACCGACCACUCCAGGCUUUGAAUUCAUCGCCGGACCCGUCCAGCUGUUAUUUAAAGAUCAACCUCCGAGCUUGACCACCAUACUAAAGAUCUUCAGUGUCUUAGCUAUCCGUUUCCGUCGCCAAUACAUCCAUACAGCCAAAAUGGAGUGGCAUCGGCCGUUUGACACCACCAUCCUAUUUUUGGAAGACUGCUUAAACUCGUCUUCGCCAAAGGACCUGGCCCGUACGAUGACGGAGACGGCUGAGCUCGAAUUCUCCGGAUUAUCCCGACAGCAUAUUACCGCAAAUGAUGCCUUCGUCAGAGAGAUCCUGGCCAACUGGCAUUCUCUCAGCAUCUCGGUCUGGGAAUGCUGCGCGGCAUUGCCAGAAAUUGCCCCAUACUUGCGAGAAUGCGCCCAGGCCCUCCUCAACGCCAAAAAUUACCACUCACUCACGGCCCUUUCCGACGGCCUCUAUCGAUACAACGCCACCACCGCGCGAUCCCGGGGCCUGAACAGCACGGUUGGUGGAAUGGUCGUGUUGGACGCUUUCCUUCCACCUGAUGUCAUCAUUCUCACCAACCCUGCACAAAAUUAUACGUCCUAUCGGCAUCAUUACGGCGAGAAUCCCGGGCUUCCGUUCCUUAUCCCCCAUCUUCGUGACUUCCAGCAGCAUGGCGAAAGCGCCCUCCAGCCCCUUCUUCAAUAUCUGCAAAACCCAAUGUCGGCCGAGAAAUGA